AUGCCCAGCGUUAAACUGGCUCUGGACCAUGUUAACGAACACUCACGAGUUCUUAGAAACCAUCGACUUCACAUGUGGUGGAACGAUACCAUGUGCAAUGCUGCAGUAGGUGUAAAGGCAUUUUUCGACAUGAUGCAUAGUGGACCUCAUAAGCUGAUGCUGUUUGGCGCUGCUUGUACACAUGUGACUGAUCCCAUAGCAAAAGCUUCUAAGCAUUGGCAUCUUACACAGCUCUCCUAUGCUGAUACUCAUCCAAUGUUCACCAAGGAGAAUUUUCCGAAUUUCUUCAGGGUAGUGCCUUCAGAAAAUGCAUUCAAUUCACCACGACUCUCCCUUUUAAAGGAAUUCAAUUGGACUAGAGUAGGAACUAUCUAUCAAAAUGAGCCCAGAUAUUCUCUGGCCCAUAACAGGCUGGUAGCUGAAUUAGACAUUCUGGGUUAUCAGUUGGUAGAAACACAAAGCUUUACAAAUGAAGUAACAUCAGCGCUCAUGAAACUAAGAGAAAAAGAUACGCGCAUUAUAUUAGGCAAUUUCAAUGAAAAAUGGGCAAAACAUAUCUUUUGUGAAGCCUACCAUUUGGAGAUGUAUGGACGAAAAUAUCAAUGGCUCAUAAUGGGCACUUACAGUACUAAUUGGUGGAAAAAGUUAGAACCGGACGUAAAUUGCACGUUGGAGGAAAUAGAAACCUCAUUAGAGCAAACCAUAUUAACCGAUCUAUUGCCUUUGAGCACAAGUGGGGAGAUUACAAUAGCAGGAAUUACCGCAAAAGAAUAUGAAGACGAAUACCAUUCCAGGAGAAAUGGGGAAUUUUCCCGUUUUCACGGCUACACCUACGAUGGCAUAUGGGCGGUAGCUUUGGCUAUCGAACAUGUAGCAAACAACAUCAAAAGCGCUCAAUCCGAUCGCUAUUCCAAUGUGAAUGCAUUUCGUUACAGAGAUCCGGUGUGGGAAAAACUAUUCUUGGAUGCAUUGCGAAAUACCAGUUUUGAAGGUAGGCACAUAUGA